AUGAAGGCCGGGGUCGAAUUGGCUGCAGAGGAUGCCGCUGCAACCACACAGGAACCACCCAAGAAGCCUGUUUCUAACACAACUUCUGCAGGUGACGCCGCCAAGGGUGCCAAGCUCUUCCAGACCCGUUGCGCUCAGUGCCACACUGUCGAGGCUGACGGUGCCAACAAGGUCGGCCCCAAGCUUCACGGUCUCUUCGGCCGUAAGACCGGUGAGGUCGAGGGCUACUCCUACACCGACGCCAACAAGCAGGCUGGUGUCACUUGGAACGAGGACACUCUGUUCAAGUACCUCGAGAACCCCAAGAAGUUCAUUCCCGGUACCAAGAUGGCCUUCGGUGGUCUCAAGAAGGGCAAGGAGCGCAACGACCUGAUCACCUUCCUCAAGGAAAACACCGCAUAA